ACGCGCUCCACGGCUCAGUCAGUAUUGUGCUGUCUUUCGGCCAACAGCGAAUAUCUCUGUGCCGUGUGCAUCGUCGCGUUCUCACCAGAUCUCUGCACCUCUUCCUUUCACCGAUAUUACUGACGGAUCGGUGCACGACUUUCGUAAACAGUGGCAGUGAGACCGCGGCCUUUAUUUUAUAUCACGGUGACACGGUAACAGUGAUGCUCGGUUGAAGGUGCAUUCCCACCUAACAACGUUUACUUCAUACGCUGUCAACAUUAAUGAUAUUAGAGACUCUGUACCUUUAACGACAUGACCAACGCGAUCACCGUUACCGUCGUGGUAUUUCUAUGCGGAUUCCUCGCGCGCACUAACUCGCAGGAGAACGGGCCAACUGCAGACGACGUGCUGAGCAAGGUCUCCGAUGUGAUCGAUUUAAAAAGUCUAAACGUGUCCGGGGCGAGCGAUCUGAUCGACAUCACCUCGAACAUGUCCUUGUCUACCAUGUUGAAAGACGGGUUGAAACAGAAAUGCGAGAAGAACGGAAAACCCGAAGCGUACGAGCGCACGAGGGAGUCGAUGAACGACUUGGAGCAGUGCAUCAGCUCGUUCGUCAACGUGACCAAACUGCAGGAAGAAAUGGAGAAGUACAAGCCUACGGGCGACCUUGACGUGGUGUUUAAAAAUUACUGCCGGAAAACGCCUACUCUGCAAAACUGCGUGAACAAUUUUACAAUAGCUCUAGAACCCUGCCUCGAAGAUGAGGAGAAAGAGAUGACGAAGAUCAUGCGAAGUAUCACGGACUCCCUGUUGAAGUUCGUUUGCUACAAAGAAGGCGAUCGUAUUGCACUUUUUAUAUCUGCGAACGGGCCCGAGUGCUUGCAAUCGAAGCAGCAGCAACUUCAAGACUGCGCCAACUCCACGUUCUCGAGCUACGCGCCGCAGAAUGCUACCAUGGAUUCUUUGUCUAACUUGGGAUCUAUCGUUCCUCUCGUUCUCGGAGCUAAGGAAUGCGCAGACAUGUCCACCCUUCAGGCGUGUGCCGUGAAAGAACUGGAGAAAUGCUCGGAUUCGACGCCUGCAAAUAUAGUAGACUCGAUAUUCAAUUAUAUUCGACGAGUAACACCGUGCCGAAAUUUCACAUCCGUUGCCAACUCUGCGUCCGUUAGCUCGCAGACACUUAGUGUAGUCAGCGUAAUUGUUGCGGCGGUACUAUCGUUGUCGAGAUACAUAUAUCCUGAAUACAGAGAAGUCGACUGGUCGAGAGCUCGCGCGGGCGCAGUUAGGCCUUCGGGAAAGUGGAGAACGAUGCCAGGCAAAGGAGGCAGGAGAAGAAAAUCCGGUCAUGGUGGAAAGAAAGCUGAAGUAACAUCCGACGAGGAUUCCGUCAACAAUGAUGCGUGCAGCGUGUCCAGCAGCCAGUCCGACAACCGUAGCAUGUUGGACGAUGUGAACGACAACGAAGUGGAGGAAUUGUCGCAGCAGGAGGUGUUCGAGGAGAAGCUAAAGGAGGCCAUCGACGGCCUGACGCAGAAGAGCGCGAAGGGCAGGACGAUAUGUUUCAACGGGAUCGAGAAGAUAUUCGCCAUCAAGUACGUGCCGGAUUUUGUCGAGGACAGGAAGAUGACCAUCACCGAUUCCGUGGAAAGGGGAUUGAAGAAGGGCCGCAGCGAAGAACAGUCGACGGCAGCUAGGCUCAGCACUCUGCUCUGCGUACAAUUAGGCGCGUUCGAGAGUGCGGAGACGGUCUGCAAGGAUUUGAAGAACACCCUGACGUUCAUUGCUAACGAUACGUCGGCUUCUACUCAAGCACGAGCAGAGUGCUGUUGGGCUCUGAGCAUGAACCAGUUUCUGUCGGGCAACGACGCGGCCGAUACCAUCGAGAUCGUGCAAUUGCUAUCCGGUAUAUUUUCCGGCUCCUUCCUCAAGGGAAACGGUGCUAUAGCGACCAUCACUCCGGAAGUCGCGGCACUACAUGCAGCAGCGAUUUCUUCGUGGACGCUCCUGUUGACCGUGAUGGCUCCAGCUGAUAUCAACAACUUAAUCAGCAGUAAUAAAGUCAACAGUUAUAUGCCGUCCCUGAACAAAUUACGCGAAUUGCUUGGCUCGCCGCACCUGGACAUAAGAUUGUCAGCCGGAGAAGCGUUGGCUGUGAUAUUCGAGCUAGGUCGCGACUUCUCCUGCGAUUAUGAACAGGACUGGUCGCUGGAUAUGCUCGAGGUAUUGAAGGAUCUCGCCACAGACUCGAACAAGUACAGGGCGAAGAAGGACCGCAAACAACAGAGAGCUAAUUUCCGAGAUAUACUUCGUUACAUAGAGGAAGACGUCGUACCAGAAAUGCAUGUAAAAUUCGGCCAAGAGAUUCUAUAUUUAGAGGGAUGGUGUGCGCGUACUCAGUACAACGCUUGCUGCAGACUGCUCGGUCCCGGUAUAAAUAUUCACCUCGCGGAGAACCAGCUGUUGCGCGAAAUAUUCCACCUUGGCAACAAAGUAUUACCGAUUCCGUCGAACCAGAAGACAAGCAAACUGGAAAGGACACUGAUGAACGCGGCUGCAUUCAAGGCGCGCACCAUCCUGCGUAACAAGAAUCGGGACAAACGAUCGGCAUCCUUGGUAUCGUGAUUCUUUAGCUUUCUUCUUUUACACCGUUAAUAAUAAUUUGUUUGUUAAAAAUAAGAGAAUAUGGAACUCGAUGACAUUUUUUAUUUGUUGUAACCAUUUCGUGAAUUAGAGAGAAGAUAUUUACUGUAUACCCCGCGUUUUAAAUUGUAUAUGAAACGACGGACGCUGCAUUGUUUUUAGAUCCCCGUUAAUCGAUUGAAUAGAAAAUUCGGUUCCUAGUUAAAUGAUAAUAGUCGAAAGUGUUGUAGAGUUUUACUUUCACGUUUUGUAUAUACGGCAUCGAACUAUGUAUACACGAUAAAUGUUUGGUAAUCGAUCAUAGCCCUUUCUUCAUUGACAUUCUAUGGAGUAUGGUUUUUAACACUACACUGUAAAAAAGAACUCCGUUAGCAAUUUUAAUGAUCAAGUUAUUAUUGAUGUUUUAACUAAUUUAACGUGUACCGUAGGCAACAUUUGAUAAUCCUUAUAUAGUAGAAAUGAAUGUCUAUUUAAAUAAUUAAAACAAGAAUCUAUAUACACAUAUAAUAUACAAGCACUGUACAUAAUUACAUAAAUUAUGACGUAGCGUAGGGGCUCUUCAACGUAUAUUUAUCAUGUGAUAUAAUAAACUGGAGAUAAUCUUGCA